GUUUUACAUUUACUGCAAGUAAUAGGUCCAGCUUGGCAAAAUGAUUCGUUUAUCCCAUAUAAUAAUAUUAAGUGCCUUAUUAGUCGAAGUUUACAAUAUCCCAGAGUUGUCGAAAGACGUGAGGAUUGUAGAUGGUAUCGAUAUUGAAAUUGAAAAAGUCCCCUAUCAAGUAGCAUUAUUAAAAUCGGAAGACGUACUUGUGUGCGGUGGUUCCAUUAUUACCAGGAAACACAUUUUGACAUCUGCUCACUGUUACAGACUUGUUAAUGUUGAUGAACUUAGAGUUAGAACAGAAAGCGAAUACUACAAUGAAGGUGGACUUUUAUUUAAAGCAAAAGAAUUUUUACUACAUCCGCGCUUUAGUGAGAUCGAAUGGGAAUGUGAUGUUGCAAUUAUAAAAUUGGAAAGUCGCUUAAGAUACAACAAAAAAUGCCAACCAAUUGAAUUGCCCAGAGUUAAUGAAGAGAUUUGUGAUGGUCUUUUAUUUCUGCUCUCUGGUUAUGGAAGAACUGAUGCACAAGCUCCACAUCGCGAUGCAAAAUUACGAGCAGUUGCAGUGCCUGCAUUUAACAAUGGUGCUUGCUAUGAAACGUAUUAUUAUGAUUCUCCAAUUUCACCAAGGAUGUUAUGCGCUGGAUAUAUAGCCGGUGGAAAAAAUGCUUGUUUUGGGGAUUCUGGAGGACCUCUGGUUAGAAAUGGAGUACAAUACGGUAUCGUGUCUCAUGGGCUAGGCUGUGCUCCACCUCUAUAUCCUGGGAUUUAUGCUCGUAUUGCAGCACCUCUAAUACGUGAAUGGAUAACAAACAUAACGGGUCUUCUUUAAAUACAUCUUUCUUUCAUUUAUUUUAAACAUUUACUUUGAAUUUCGUAUUUAUACUAUUCCUGUUUAUCUAGUGUUAAUACAGUGACUCACAAUUGGUUAGCAUUGACUGCAUUCAGUAAUAGGCUUUCGGUAAACUUUCGAAGAACACAACCAAAUCGAUCCUAUUCGAAAAUCCACCAGAAGUCCAUAAAGAAAGUUCACGUAUUUGCCACUUGAGCGUUAGUAGUGCUUUCUGUUCGAAUAUCCAGUAUAUUUGACAAGUGAGAGUACUAGGGUAAGAUGUGGUAAUUUGGAAUCUGCCCGCUUUCUAAUCCGGAUCGGCGUAAUCCGGACGAGCUAUCAACGGUUACAUUUAAAAUAAUUUUGAGGUUAUAUAUGCAUGUGUGUUCAGCAAUGCAAAUGAAUUAUCGUGUGAUUUUUUUGUUUAAUAAAUGAAGUAUAAUAA